CGUUCCUCAUGCACGAGCUGGCUGGCUGCACGGAGGCGAAAGGGAGGGGAAAUUGUCCAAGGCGCGCAUGAAAGGCAGGAGCUGAUUGAUCUGGCUUUAGUGCGCUAUACCAAACAGCAGCAGUUACAAGCUGAUAUACCACUCACCCAACUUUUAUUCUUUCACCACCCAUUGAAUUUCACUCAUCCAACUAUUUUUUUGUUCGGGAGCACCUGCCCCGAGGAUACAACGGUACACCCGUCUCCUGAGUGCCGGAUCGGUUGUUGGACUCCCCAGCUGCGCAGGAGAGCUCCCCUGCGGCAGGCGUCAUGACAUACGGCACAAUCACUGCCGCUCUUUGCAUGUACACCUGAGAUUUUUGUGGAUUUACCGUUUUUUGGGGUGGGGGGGGAUAAAAUAGGACUCUUUGAUUUACCUGCUUUAAGAAGAAACCUUUUCCAGUCACUCGGAAUAAUAGCCCACCGCAAAGGACACUUAUUACUUUAUUUCUAACACACGGUUUGGAUCCCGGUGAAGAGCUGGCAGGAUGGUCUCAUCCGACUGCUUCAAAUUGGUCGCUGUCAUCUUGUGUUGUUCGUCACUUACAAAUGGACAUGUGGAGAGAGAGUACGCACCCAAGAUUCAUCCCUCUGACAAUCCCCAUAUUCUCCAAAAGGACAAUCAUUUAAACCUCAUAUGCAGAGGUCACGGCCCGCUGCACUGGACACUUGCUGAUUCCAGCCGAUCAGUUGAAUCCGAGGGAGUGAAGGUGCAGCAGUGUGAUUCCAGACGCCAUCCUCACUCACACUGCAGCAGACUGACAGUCUCAAGCUUGAGGGCCAACGACACAGGGAAGUACAGCUGUAACUACUCCAAAAAUGGUUCGGACCACAUCACCUCGACCUACGUCUAUGUCAAAGAUCCUGAACAACCGUUUGUGGAUCCCCAUCCAAAGAUACCUGACGUCUUGUUCAUGUACAGGCAUGAGACCAGCCUUGUGGUGCCCUGCCGGACGUCCUCCCCUGAUACUGUUGUAACACUCACAGGGGUCAAGACUUUAUCAGAAAAGGUCAAAAAGGAAAUGCUGUGGGAUCCAAAAGUUGGAUUCAAGAUUCCGUAUGAAUCCAACUCUGAAUACAGCUUUCUCACCUGUAGCACCAGGGUCAACGGUCGUACGUUCACGUCGAUGUACAUCCCCAGAAGACUGACUUCUGUUCUUGAUAAUGUGAAGAUCACCCCGGAGCGUGUCAGAGUGUUGGUUGGAGAAACCCUCGUGCUCAACUGUACUGGUGAGACCAGCUAUAAUGGAAGAUUAAACUUCACAUGGGAUUUUCCAAAGAAGAGAGAAAAUCGACAUUCUACGAACAAGACCGAGGUCCGCCCUGCUAGGGCUCACAUGAUGAGCAAGGCUUUGAUUUUGCCAAACAUAACCAAGGAGGAUAAGGGGGUGUACCGCUGCAGAGCUGAGCUUGAUCCCACGAAAUACAAGGAUGUCUCAGUAAAAGUCCAUGUUUAUGAUCCAUUCCUCAAUGUCUCCUAUCGGCAUGAGCGACUCAGUGCAGUGACUGUCAACGAAGGUCGAAAGAAACUUGUGUUUGAGCCCAAGGUCAAUGCUCUGCCAUCACCAGACAUGACAAUUUGGUAUAAGGAUGGGGUCCCGAUCAAUAAGAACUCCACCUGUUACAAGAUGUCUGGUUAUAACUUGAUCAUCACUGAUGUGCAGGAGAAGCACGCUGGGGUCUUCACUAUAAGCCUGGGCAGCCAAGUGAACGGCUUAUACAAGAAUCUGAGCUACACGCUGGCAGUCGAUGUGAAGCCGACGAUUUCAGAGGAAGAGCUUGCCACCGUGGACGUGCAGCCCUACGUGUUUGGCAAACAGUAUCAGCUAACCUGCACUGCUUACGGCGUGCCCCUGCCAAACAUCACUUGGCUCUGGCAACCCUGUCAAUCAGAUACCGCCCAGACAAAUUGCACUGCUCACACCAAGCCAAUCCAGGUCAACGUUAAUGACAGAGGAAAUUACUCCCACAACUGGAUUAAAAGCAUAAACGUCAACCCUGAACUGGUUAAAGGAAAAAACAAGACUGUGAGCACCCUGGUGAUAGGAGAGGCGAGCGUGUCCGGGAAUUACUCCUGUGUGGCCCAGAAUGAAGAUGGCACCAGCACAAUGAUGAUCCCUUUCUACGUUGAUGAUCACCCUGAUGAAAUUACCAUUGAACCUCAGUCAGCCAUCGAGGGGGAUGACGUCACUCUGACCUGUCGGGCAGCUCGCUACCUCUACACUUACCUGCAGUGGUUGGAUUCCAGGAAUCGAACGAUCACUUCUAAUGUGUCGAGUCUCCAGCUCAGCCGCUACUCCAUUUCUCUUUCUCUCCAUCUGCAUAAUGUGUCCCAAAACAGCACUGCAGGUUUCAAGUGCCAAGCACACAAGCUCCACAAGAGGGUUGAACUGAAGACUGCUGCAGUUGUUGUGGAUGUGAGAAAACGCCCCUGGCUGCGUCAGAAUCUGACUAAUCAAGAUGUGAACAGUAGCAGUACCUUGAUGCUGGCUUGCUUCGCUUUGGGGGUUCCUCGUCCGUACAUCAUGUGGUACAAAAAUGGCAUUCCAGUGGAAGAAGGCCCAGGUAUAACUCUUGGAGAAGAUGGGAUUCUGACCAUCGAGAGGGUGAAGAAAGAUGAUGAGGGUCUGUACGAGUGUGUGGCCAGCAACGUCGAGGGUAUCGCAAAAACAAGUGCUGUUGUUACUGUGCUCGGGUAUGAAGGGAAGCCAAACGUUGAGGUCAUCAUUUUGGUGUGUACGGGAGCAGCAGCCACGUUCCUCUGGCUCAUGCUGAUACUCUUCAUCCGCAAGCUGAGGAAGCAACCAGCACACUAUAAGAUGGGUCCGUCUAUCAUCAUUGAUCCUGACGAGUGUCCCCUGGAGGAGCAGAAUGAUCUUCUUCAGUAUGACAGCAGCAAAUGGGAGUUUCCCCGCGACCGCCUGCGACUAGGCAAAACUCUUGGCCACGGAGCUUUUGGAAAAGUGGUGGAGGCUUCUGCCUUCGGGAUCGACAAGCUCUCAACCUGCAAGACUGUUGCUGUCAAAAUGUUGAAAGGAGGCGCUACAUCAAAUGAGCGCAAAGCCCUGAUGUCAGAGUUAAAGAUCCUGAUCCACAUUGGCCAUCACUUGAACGUGGUCAACCUGCUGGGAGCCUGCACGAAGCCUGGAGGCCCAUUGAUGAUGAUAGUGGAGUUCUGCAAAUACGGAAACUUGUCCAACUAUUUGAGAGGCAAGAGAGACGACUUUCUCGUCUACAAGAGCCAGGACGGUAAGGUGGUGUCAUCAGGAUCGCGCUGCGAGCUGAGCGAGCUGAUGAAGCGCCGCCUGGAGAGCGUGGCCAGCACCGGAAGCUCAGCCAGCUCUGGCUUCAUCGAAGAUAAGAGCUACUGCGACUCAGAGGAAGAGGAAGAAGAGUCUGAGGAUUUAUAUAAGAGAGUCCUGACGUUGGAAGAUUUAAUUUGCUACAGUUUCCAAGUCGCAAAAGGCAUGGAGUUCUUGGCUUCACGCAAGUGCAUUCAUCGUGACUUGGCUGCACGAAACAUCCUACUUUCUGAGAAUAAUGUAGUGAAGAUUUGUGAUUUCGGACUUGCCAGAGACAUCUACAAAGACCCGGAUUAUGUGCGCAAAGGAGAUGCCAGACUGCCGCUGAAGUGGAUGGCGCCUGAAGCCAUUUUUGACAAGAUCUACACAACUCAGAGUGACGUUUGGUCCUUUGGUGUUCUCAUGUGGGAAAUCUUCUCUCUGGGUGCCUCCCCGUAUCCUGGCGUCCAAAUUGACGAAGAAUUUUGCUGCAGGCUGAAAGAGGGGACCAGGAUGAGAGCGCCAGAAUACUCUUCCUCUGAAAUAUAUCAGACCAUGUUGGACUGCUGGCAGGGAGAGCCACAGGAUCGACCGACCUUCACUGAGCUGGUGGAAACACUUGGAGAUCUGCUUCAGGCCAGCGUGCAACAGGAGGGGAAGCACUACAUACCCAUCAACACAGCCCUGCUGGCCAAGGUGGGAGACCCGUCCACCACAGUGCCAUCAGACGAGACGCCCACACGACCUGUCUCCCACCGCAACUCAGGGAGCACCUGGAACAUCAAGAUCCGUCCUGCUAGUGUGAAAACCUUUGACGAGGUGACCAUGGAGGACGGUACUAAUGAGAACCACGAGGGCGGUCACUCAGACAGCGGGAUGGGCCUGUCGUCUGACAAUAUGGAGACUCUAAAGCGCCUCGAAUCUCUGGCAGGCAGACCUCUGAGCAUCAUGGCUCUGGCGAUGAAGGCAGUGAGUAAGAGUAAAGAGUCUGUGCUGACUGACACAGAGAAGGAGAAGUACCCACCCACAGUUCCCCCUCUGGACUUCAGUCUGGACGACUCGGCCCUGGACGCAGAUCUGGAGUGUCACAGCCCGCCGCCUGACUACAACUACGUGGUGCGCUACUCCACCCCACCUGUGUAACCUCCUGCUCCGGCCCUGGAGAAUGGGACUGACAGCCUGGAGGCCUUUGCUUUGUUCUCCACUGUUUCGACUCUUAUCUCUGGACUGUAGCAAAGUUUGAGGGGAAAACAUAUGAGAUUCCCUCUUAACGUGUUUAGAAAGGACGCUCUGAAACGAAACAUGAAUCCACGCGACUGCAUCUUCCAACUUCCAGGGCUUCUGCUGAGCAACUAAAGGAAACCUGUCGACUGUUGAUUUCUUUCCGGUUUUCAGACGCAGGCUGACGUUAAUGCUGCUGGUCCGUUCCACAUUCACUGUGAUGUCAAACAGCUGGAAACAGGCUCAGGUAUUUCUUUCAUCUACUGUGAAAACGAACCACAAUGAUUCCCACUUUAUCGCAAAUCUGAUUAAACUACGACCUUUGACGAUGAACAAUAACACCCAGAAAAGAAAAGAAAGUUUUUAUUGAGAGUUUUUUUUAUGUGUACUAAUUUUAUCUAAAAAGUGAAAACUGGACAGUAAUUUGUGAAAAGAAGUUAAAGGUAUACUAUGCAGGAAUUUUUGGUUGCUAUUUGGAAACGCAACAUUGGCCCCUCCUCCCUACACUGCUCGUGCAUGCAGUGCAAGCUACUGUACUAUUGUAGGAACGUUACAUUUGUUGUCAUGGACAGUCAAUACGUCAGCAAGCGAACUAAGCUAACUGCCAGCACCUACCUGUCCAACAGAAAACAGGUCAACUACAUCCUCAUCUUCAUUCUCACCUUCAGUGCACACGAGCAAUAAUGGAGGUGGAUCGUUUUGGAACGAUCUUUGUCCCCUUGGCAUUUCAUCUUGCUAUAUUUGCUUUUUUUCUGCCGUGUGUUCGUGAUUUUUCAUAGCGUCCCCAGAAUUUGUGCUGCUUACAGUCUGGCACUGGGUAGCUGCCUUUUUAUAAAGUCCCGACCUCACCCGUGCACUGUGCCCAGGAACAUCCCAAACACAGCAAAAAAUAGAAAUAAGACUAUGGACCAUCACUUCAGCCACAAUGCAGCAAUCAGCUACGUAAAAUUAAUGUGAGCCAGCAAUGUAAAGUCGCAAUGGUCCCUCCUCUAUUUCCUACCCCUCUACCACCAUCCACCUUGCGUAGACCACACCCAUCUUCGAACUCGGCCUUCAAUUCCACACACGUAAAGUUUCUUGACUACACUUUGCACGGUUGCGAUGUUAUCAUUGUUGACAUCUGUUCACAGCCAGGUAGAUAAACAAUAUCAGCUGUCCUGAUGUUGCUGCUGGUAAAAAUAUCUCUGCAGAUAUAUACACCCUCACACACUUCUAGUGGGUCAUAAGUGAGGAUUAGGAGGGAUCACUUCUGUGUGAGUCUAUACAUUGUUAUUUAGGAAAAUCCUACAUAGUAUACCUUUAAUUAGGAGAUAUUUUUAUAAUGUGGCUACAAGCUAAGACUUGCUCAAAGCAGAAGUAAGAUGGACCACAAUAUAACUUUUAUUAUGAAAAAGACUUAUAUUUGUGGUUUCAUUGCUCCUUUAAUUCCAUAAAAAUCAACUCAACUAACUCAGGUUGGCUCUGUUAUGCAGUAGUAGAUGUUUUUUAAGCUCUCCAGUUUAUGGAAAAUCACAGGUUAAAGGAGGUUAAUGGAGGAAACAGGGUAGAGCUGAGAGACACCGAACGGCUUCAGAUUUAACAUCAUGGCAUUUGAAUGAAGAUUCCUCCUCCUGUGUUAUUUUUCUUUGAUAAAGAAAGUUUUUUUUUUCUUGUGUACAAAUUGAGCUACAACAAACUUCAUAGGAAUUUGUUUAGAGAGCCCUAGUAAAAAAGUAUUUAUUUAGAUUGUAAACACUGUCACUUAGUAACCAGUUCUGUUCAUUGAUUUAGAUUCAGAAUUAAGAGUUAACCAAAGGACUUUACAGCUCAGUCUUCCUCAUAUGUAAUAUCUGAACGCUUCACUCCAGACGUAUAUGCUGUUUGUGCUGCUGUAUUCACUCAUUGUAAAGCUGAGGGAAACAUGUAUGUGGACAUUCUCCUCCGUCCUUCGUCUUGUGCUACGUGUUAGUAAAGCUUGCAGGGCAGGCUACAAAAACUCUACAUGUGUAUGAAUCUGGUUCACUGUUGUAGUAUUUGUUAUCAUGUAAAAUCUUAUUUGUAAUACCAGAUGUAUUAAAAGUACAGUGGGCCAAACUUAGCAGACACACACCCCUGUAGAAAUGUAGCUAGCUUGUGCUCGUUGACCACUAAAGAAAUCAGUAUUUGUCAGUGAGUAAACUGCAGUGUAAAGUGGAUAUUUUGAACCCCUGUGUAUUUCCAAAUGAUGUUUUGAUUGUGACCAAUUUGUUGUUUUCAUGUGGAGAGGAAGUGAUUAUGCACUGAUACUUUAUAUCAAGUAUAAUUUUUGUAUUCUAAAGGUAUAUUAUUAAGAAACAGUGUUGAGGGUCACAUGUUGCAAAGAUUUCUGUUUUAUUUUGUGUUAUUAUUUAACUCCUAACUCUAGUACAUACUGUAGUAGGAAAUUAACAUUUGCAGUAUUUGUUAUAGUAUUUCUUUCAGCCGUCAAUGUCAUGUAGGUUUAUUCACUUCUUAUAAUUCUGUCAUUUUAAUUACUGAUAUCACAAUAACAUACAAUGGAUUUUAUUGCAUUUCUUUACACAUAACCAUGAGUAAGACCUCCUUGCUUAUUCUGUUUUGUUCAUGUAGUGUAACAAGUUAGUUUUGAUGAAAGUAAUGUUCCCCGACACUGUUAACUGAGCAUAUGAAGUAAAUAAAUGAAUAAAGAUCUAUAUAUUUAUACAUGA